AUGUUUCUCUGCAAGACCCACAAGCUGUUGAUAUUCUUUAUCAGUGAGAAUAACGCUAUCAUCCGACUCAUCAACGCCUACAACAGACAAGACUGUUCAACUAUUUUUGUGCAGGAACAGAUCGUAACCGUUCUCUCCCGGUUAGCAGCACGACGCUAUGAGGAAGCUCUCGUAUCGCAAGGAGCAGUUCCGAUGUUGCUGGAGAUGCUUACAGUAACCGACACUCAGCAUUCCGAUUACUGUAGACGAAUUCGGUACAAGGCAGCAGUUUGUAUCGGAACUCUUGCAGCCACCGGUGUCGGCCUCAAAGCACUCUACGUCAAUCAAGGUAAUUCUGGAGUUUAUGUAACUCCAAAAACGAUCCAAAGUUGUUGCCGUAGAAAUCUUUGAAC